UUUUUUACAUCGGCUUUGAACUUUAUAAAACAAUCCCCAAUAUAGAAAAAGACACCAGUGAAUACAAAACACAUUUUCCUACACAAACCGGCACAUCAACAGUUAUAUCAAACGAGACAGAAAAAGCUGUCAAAGAAGACUAUGCACCAGAAGAAAUUGAUGAUUUUGUAGAACUGAACCAAAAAUCGCAGAUUGGUUUUGAACACUUUGAAGACUUCGCCAGAAAUGAUCCUCCGUAUCAACAAACGCACGACAUAAACGAAUUCGAAAACAAGUACGAUCUAGCCCACUUAGCACAACACGCUUCUAGGAAUACCGAAAAUAUUUUUCAAGACUUUGACGAUGAUAGAAUACCGGCAGCUAUACAAAUUAACACGAAUAAUCCUUUCGAUUUAAUAGAAGACACAGAUGCUGAACUAUGGAGGAUGGGCGAAAACGCGCUAGGCCUAGCAGAAACCUCUGUAAGAAAUUUUGGAGCAAAUCCGUUUGAAUCGAGCGACGACGAAGUGGAAAUAAGGUUCGGCGAUGGUACUAUAAGUAUGGUGCAGAAUAACUGGAGAAAUUCGACAAGAAAUCCCUUUGAAACCAUUGAGGAGUCGAUGGAAAAAAGGCAACUGGACGAUGAGGCUUUAUUUAUCGUACAAAACGCUUCAAGAAAUUACGCUACAAACCCAUUCGAUGUGCUUGAGGAAGAUGAAUUGAGACAGAUGGGGGUUGAUGCAUUAAGCAUAGCGCAAACUGGUGCUAGGAAUGUUGAGGCUACAAAACGACGACUUAGUGAGAAUGCCGAGGACAUAGAUAAUGCUUUUAACAGUCUAAUAGAUUACGCAGAGCUGCAAAAUCCGGUAAUAGAGAUUGGUUUUGAUCAUCUCCAACACACAGUAGGAGAAAUUGGGGAUGCAGAUGAAAAAGUGACACCAACUGAACUGAAGAAAAAUUAGAAUUUACUGUAAUUAUAUCUUUUAUCCGAAUUGCUGCACAUGAUUUUAUACAUUUAUUAUAUAUAUUUUCCUAGUCAUUUUUAUAACAAAUACAAAACUUUAAACCCUAAUAUUUAAAUAUUAAUAUUGUCAUUUAAAUGUAUCAGAUCACUAUAUAUUUUUUUAUUUAUUAUUUACUAUGUAACAAUCAUUACUUACGGAAUAAAUAUUAU